AUGAUUUCACACACGAGUUGUUUGUCACAAUGGAGAUUCGUCUCACUAUUUUUCUGCUUGAUCGUGUGGUCGUCGAUCACAACGAGUUCAAGUCCUCUCAUUGCUGCAAGUCGUGUUGUUGACACUUCACUCACCCAAACCAUCACACUCUUCAUUCAGCCACUUCCAUCAAAUUCAUCCUCAAAAUCACUCUCCACUUCACUAGCAAUGACGAAUAAUGUCAACAACAACAACCAGAACAACAAUAAUUGUACCAGCAUUUCACAACCCUGUAGGUCCAUUUCCGAAGCCAUUCAAGUGCUUUUAAAUUUGACAAGUUUCAAGAGUGAAAAUAUUUCUGCACAAUUUGUAUUGUUGAGAACACAAAAUGGAAGUUUGAAUUAUGGAACGGAUCAAUGCAAUGUACAACAACAGCAGCAUGAAGGAGUCAUGUCAACAAAUUUAACUCAAAUUCAUGAAUUACGAAUCACAUCGUACAAUGCUUCCGAAGUCAUUGUGUUGAAUUGUGCAACAGAACCUCUUUUUAGAAGUGUGUCCAUUCGGAAAUUAUAUUUUCAAAUGACUCAAUUGAAUUUCAUUGCUUUUCGAUUGCAAUUGACUCGUAUCGACAAAUUAAUAUUUUCAAAUGUGAACAUGUCAAAUAUUGUGUUAUCAGAUCAAUCCUACGAUUUCAACCCAACCAAUUCAGAAGUGGAGAGGGAAUUGAGGAUUGAGUCCUGUCACGUCUCAAGUUCAAAAUUUGUUUUGAAAAAUGGAAGAUUCGUUUCAUUAGAGGACUCGAGUGUGCAAGAUAGUGAAUUAUCAGCUGCGAUCCGUGCAAAUGUGUCGAUCACAACUUCCAUAUUGGAAAGAUUCAGCUUUUCCUCGCCUACAACCUCAGGAGUUGCUCAAGAUAAUCUUUUUUUCGUGAUCAGAGCUUCUCAAUUACGAGAUUCUAAAAUUUCCGUCUUUGAAUUUUCAUCUAUUUUAUUGGAAGACGUGACUUUUGGAAAGAAAAUCGAUAUUGAGCUAUUGUUUUCUUCGAGUUCACAACUACGAAGAGUUAAAGCGAGAGAUGUACAAUUUUACAUGAUAUUGAAUGCUAUUACGUACCUCUCUUUCGAGAAUUGUGAAUUUGUGAAUUUGGACACCAACACGGAUGAAAACCAGUUUUUAAUUAACAUUAUGGGAAGCUCAUUAGUGUCACUACAUUCGAAUCUUUUCGAAUUCAAUCGUGUUCCAUUGUUUUUAUUUGAUAAUUUAAUUACAGUGAAUAUCAUUGAUACAGUUUUUAAGAAUAAUAGAAGUCCUUGUGUGAGCGCAAAAAUGAUGAAGUUCUUUGGAAAUACAAAUGUCCUCAUUCUUGGAUCGAUUUUCAAAGAUAAUUAUUUUAAGGGCCAGCUGGGUGCAACAUGCAAUGGAGGAGCUCUCUAUGUUGAAUCUUAUGCCGUAGACAUUAAGAAUUCACUGUUUGAUAACAAUACAGCAACCAACGGAGGAGGACUUUUUUUUGUAGUGACCGAAGAUUUAAACAUGCAAAACGUGAAACUCGUGAAUAAUUAUGCAUUCUCAAAAGGAGGUGCCUUUUUUAUCUAUGACUAUUACAUGCUAAAUAUUGAUCAUGUUUUAUGUGAAAAUAAUAGUGCUUCGUAUGCUGGUGGAUGUUUAUAUUCUGAACGUUCCAACGAUGAUUACAUUAGUAAUUUCACACAGAAUGGAAAUAUGGCGUAUGCAUACGGAAGCAAUACAGCAAAGAUGUUGGACAUGUUUGGUUAUCAAGUUUGGAUUCACUACACUCCUCAAAACAUUUCUAAAUUUACUCGUCAGGAAACACCUCAACUUUAUGUCUAUCCUGGACAAGUCAUUCCACAAGUACAGCUCGUAGUGUGGACAAAUAGGGAGAAUACAGAACAUGUAAAGUUUUUGGAGGAACACAUUACAUGUACUUUGAACUCACAAUAUUCCAAGCAAGCCCUUCUAAAUGUGGACAGCGACUAUUUUCCUGAUAUUAAUACGACGCUUGUAUUACGAUCUCUAUCCGUAUUCCUUAAACAACCUCAGUUUGGAACUGUUCAAGCAAGUAUCUCGAUUCACACUGAUAGUGUUGUUGAAAAGAAGACUUACUCCUAUCCCAUUGGUAUAGAUAUUCAUGUACUUCCAUGUCCUGAUGGAAAAGAACUCACGUUACAGGAAUCUAUCGAGAAAAUCUAUGUAUGCACAAAUAUUGUCUAUACAUCCUAUGACUUGCUUAUUGCCAUGACUUGUUUGGCUUCAAUUUUGAUCUUCUCUGUGAUGUUGGCAUGUCUCUAUUUGAUAUUUCGAUUGGUGAGAAAUAUUGUGAGAAAAUUGAAAAGAUUGGAACGUAAGGAAAAUGCAGAAAAGAGUAUUCUCUUAUCGAACAAUGAUGAGGAAGAUGAAAGUGACGAAGAAAUCGAGAAUGCAAUGACUAUUACUUCACAAACCAAAUCGAGUAAUGAAAGAAUGAAAGAAAAUACUCCUCUACUUACAAGUGUGAAUUCUUAUGGAACACGUUCAAAGACUUCGAACACGAGUUCCAAGUCCAAAAAGAAAUCUCAAAAGAAGGUCUAUUCAUGGAUGAUUUCAAUUGAUGAGAUUGAGAUUGUUAAAAGAAUCGCUGAAGGAGCGAAUGGAACAGUGUAUCUUGCAAAUUGGAAUGGAACUAAGGUUGCCUUAAAAUCUCUCAAAUACGAUGAAGAAAGCGAGUUGAGUGCUCACGAAGAUGAUGAAUUUGAAAGGGAAGCAUCACUUUUGGGAAGUAUUCGUCAUCCAAAUAUUGUUCAAUUCUUUGGUGUCAUUAUUGCUGGAUCUAAAAAGUAUAUGGUUGUUGAAUAUUUAGAAAAAGGAAGUCUCGACAAGUUGAUUUAUAACAUCAAAUUAGGAACUGAGAGAAUUACAUUGCAUCAGAAAAUUGAUAUAUUACUUGGAGUUGCAAAGGGAAUGAAUUAUUUACACUCAUUGAAACCUCGUGCAAUUAUUCAUCGAGAUUUAAAACCUGGAAAUAUUUUGUUAGAUCAAUACGUUGCUAAAAUUUGUGAUUUUGGAUUAAGCAAGACUGUGAGUGAUACCAAUAGUGCCACAACAAAUAUUGGAACUCUCUUUUAUAUGGCCAAUGAAAUGAUUGAGGGAAAAUCCAGUUACAAUCACAAAGUUGAUAUUUAUAGUUUUGCAAUCAUCAUGUGGGAAUUAUUCUUUGAGGAAAAUCCUUAUUUAAAUGCUCAUUCUGAAAAACUUCACAAAUAUAGACAACGACACGUGGAAGAAAAGGAAAGUAUUGAGAAAACUGCAACUUCAGCUGUAAAUAUUUUGUUCAGAGUCAUGAAUGGAGAACGUCCCAUCUUACCAUUUAACAAUGAUGAUGAAAUGAAGGAAUGGGUCACAGAAUUCAUUCUUCCCAAUUAUAGCAAUGAUGUCAACAACAAAGAAACAUUCUCUGUACAAGUACUGUGUGACAUGACUCGAGAAUAUUUAAAUCUCAUGAAACAAUGUUGGAAUGGCAAUGAUAGAGAACGACCAGAUUUUAAUGAAAUUUGUAUCAAACUUUCAAACCUUGCAUCCAUGUCCUUCCAUGAAGGAGUUGUGGACAUUGAAAGAAAGAACAAUAACGAAUGA